AUGUUAUUUGCAGUGCAAAAUGUGUACACAACCCAACCUGAAAAUAGCGUUUUGAAUUUAUUAAUGGAAAUGCGUGCUGAAAUAGCCUCAUUAAAAAAUGAGGUUACAGACUUGAAGAAGGAAAUCAAGGACAUGAAGGAGACUACAAAGCGUCAAUUUGUCAAAUUAACGGAAGAAGUUUUUACCGUCAAAUUAGAGGCACGCAAACAACAUGGAUUAGAUAUGGUAAUAGACGAACUUAAUGACACUCACAAAUUUCCGUUCAACGAGGUAAAGGAUUUGCAAGCCUUCGAUGAAUUGGUGCAGCAAAAUGAAACGAUACUUAAACAAUUUAAAGAAUUUAUUGCAAAAACCGGCGGUGAAGGACCCCCUCAAUUCCUUCGGGCUGCCGUUCGAAAGAUUUUUUCUGACAAUUUAGCAAGCCAAUACAGCUGGAAGGGCACCAGUGUAAAGCGAAGUGCAGAAAAGUGUUAUUUAGUGACAGUAAUCAAAAGUAAGUUUGUGUUUUUAACACGUAUAUAA